UAAUGAAGUCUACUUACAUAAGGCUUUCCCUUUUAAUCAUCAUUGUGCAUCUCACAGCUUUAUCAAAAUCAAAGUCAAUAAUCAGAAAUCUCCCUGGCUUUCAUGGUGAUCUACCAUUUAGUUUUGAAACCGGAUAUGUCGAAGUGGGAGACGACAAUGAAAUUCAGUUUUUCUACUACUUCGUUGAGUCUCAGAGAGACCCGUCACACGAUCCUCUUCUUCUUUAUUUAACCGGUGGUCCUGGCACUCCAGCACUGUACCCGUUCAUGUAUCAAAUAGGUCCACUAACUAUCAACGUUGAGCGUUCAUCGCCGAAUAACAUUACACUGGAGUUGAAUCCCAAUUCAUUGACAAAGGCUGCCAAUGUACUAUUCCUAGAUCUACCGACCGGUGUAGGGUUUUCAUAUGCUACAACAUCGGAAGCAUCACGGAGUAGUGAUUCCAUCUUAGCUUUACAUACAUAUAAGUUUCUUAAAAAGUGGCUUUCGGAGCAUGUGAAGUUUCGCAAUAACCCUUUGUACAUAUCUGGGAUUUCAUACAUGGGCAUUCUGGUACCGGUUGUUACCCUAGAGGCGUAUAAAGAUGAACAAGGAAAUCAACCACAUUUGAAUAUCAAAGGAUGUCUAAUAAUAAGCCCUCUCACCGAUAAGUUCAGCGAUUUCAAUUCGAGAUUAGAGUUUGCUCACCGGCUUGCACUAAUAUCAGAUGAUAUUUACAAGUCAACAAAAGAAUCUUGCAAUGGCAAUUAUGUAGAUAGGGAUCUGAACAACAUAUUGUGUUCGAGUAAUCUUCAAAGAAUGGAUGAAUGCACGAGUGGAAUUAACCCAUCAAAUAUAUUGGAGCCGCUAUGCGAAGAUUUAGAUACGGAUCCAACUUGUUCCAUUGAUAAGGUAUAUUUAGAGGUUUGGGCAAACGAUAAAGAGGUGCAAAAGGCUCUCCAUGUUCGUGAGGGAACAGUUAACACGUGGCAGCAAAACAAUGCUAUGCUCCAUUACGAUUUAAAGAAAAAUGAUACAAUAUAUUACUCAUACGACAUCUUCAGUAGUGUCGUGUACCAUAAACAGCUUGUGGACAGAAACUGCCAAGUUUUAAUCAUCAACGGUGAUCAUGAUAUGAAUUUUCCAUAUGUUGGCACCAUGGAAUGGAUAUCAUCUCUCAAUCUUCCAAUCGAAAGCCCAUGGGCGCCAUGGUUUGUUAGAAACCAAGUUGCUGGAUAUCGGACGAUAUAUACAAAGAAUGGAUACUCUUUAAUGCAUGCAACUGUUAAGGGUGCGGGCCAUUCAGUGGCAUUAUACAAGCCAGAAGAAGCUUUUGUUAUUGUGGAUUCAUGGCUUGCUUCACAUACCUAUUCAAGUGACUACUAAGCGUGGAGAAUAUAUAUAUAUAGCUAAUUCAUUGGUGUAAAAAAGCUUCUUUAUUUUUUUUAUGUGGAAAUAAAAGAUGUACAACAACGGAGUAGGGAAACUUAGGUCGAUUUUGCAGAUGUUACUAUUGAUCCUUCACAUUUUGAUGCAAGCUAGUUUGUUGGAAGUAUGACUUUGCAAAUAAAAUGGUCGUAAUGUUGGCCAUGUAAUAUGUAAUACAAUAUAUUUUAUAGUU